GCACCGGGUCACUUGAUUGAUUUGUUUCGUUCUCGAGCCGACCCCUCCCUCUCAAUUCUCGAUACCCCCCGUCGGACGUCUGAUCGCCGCCGGAGAAAAAAAGUCGAAAAAAAGAGACAGGCCUUCGUGCGCCUUCACGAUGGCUGCUACAUCUAGUAACGACGCAUUCCUGGCCCUUCCGGGCUCGGUCGCCUUCUCUCGCUCUCGGGGCCGUGCGGUUGCAGCAAGCAUUGGUGCCCGUGAGGUCCGGACUCAGUGGGUUCACUAUGUCCAUGCUUCGCAGCCGUUAGACGAACGCCAGAAGAACACCUUGGAUCAGCUCCUCCGCUACGGUGACAUUACGGAUAUCCCAGAGACCUUCAGCGCCGAAGAGGGUCCUUUCGACGUUUUCUACAUUUUCCCCCGGACGGGCACCAUUUCCCCAUGGAGUUCGCAAGCCACCGCUAUCGCCCAUGUCUGUGGUUUGCGCAACACUGUCAACCGCAUUGAACGGGGUAUGAAGAUCUCGUGCUUGCGUGCUGACUCCGGGGAGUUCAAGUCUGGAUACCAGGAUGUUUUGCACGACCGGAUGACACAGAUUAUCAGUCAGGAUGAGCCCGAUCUACAGCAGAUGUUCUCCGAACAAGCUCGCCAGCCCCUCCAAACAAUCCAGCUCCACGGAAGCGACAAGUCCCCCAAGGAAGUUCUACAGGAAGCAAACAAGCGGUUGGGAUUGGCGUUGGAAGAGUCGGAAAUCGAUUACCUGGCAGAGGCUUACGGUCCCAACGGUGCUAUCGCCCGCGACCCUACCGAUGUCGAACUGUUCAUGUUUGCUCAGGUCAACUCGGAACACUGUCGCCACAAGCAGUUCAACGCCGCGUGGGUAAUUGAUGGACAAGAAAUGCCGAACAGUCUUUUCGCUAUGAUCCGGAACACCCACAAGAAACACCCAGACCACACCGUCAGUGCCUACAGUGACAACGCAGCCGUGCUGGAAGGCUCCGAUGCCGCAUGGUGGGCACCCGAUUCCUUCACCGGGGAAUGGAAUCAUACCAAGGAGCUGGUUCACUUCUUGGCCAAGGUUGAAACCCACAACCACCCUACAGCAGUCUCUCCCUACCCUGGUGCCGCCACCGGUUCCGGUGGAGAGAUCCGUGAUGAAGGUUCAGUUGGACGCGGAUCGAAGCCCAAGGCUGGAUUGGCUGGCUACUGUGUUUCUGACCUCUUGAUUCCUGGCCUGAAGCAGCCUUGGGAACUUGACGUUGGCAAGCCUAACCACAUCGCAAGUGCCUUGGACAUCAUGUUGGAGGCUCCUAUCGGAAGCGCUGCCUACAACAAUGAGUUUGGACGACCUUGCACUGCUGGGUACUUCCGUACUCUGCUUACUGAGCUUGAUAUCGGAAACGGUGAGAAGGAGCUUAGAGGCUACCACAAGCCUAUUAUGCUUGCUGGUGGUGUCGGUACCGUCAGACCUCAGCACGCCAUCAAGAAGCCGGAUGCUGUCAAGCCUGGUGCUUUCCUCGUUGUCCUGGGUGGUCCUGCCAUGCUUAUUGGAUUGGGUGGUGGUGCUGCGUCUAGUAUCACCUCUGGUGAAGGAUCCGCAGACUUAGAUUUCGCUAGUGUGCAGAGAGGCAACGCCGAAGUCCAGCGGAGAGCUCAGGAAGUCAUCAACGCCUGUGUCGCCAUGGGACAAAACAACCCCAUCAAGUUCAUUCACGACGUUGGUGCCGGUGGAUUGUCCAACGCCCUUCCUGAACUGAUCGACGACUCGGGCCUGGGUGCCACCUUCGAGCUGCGUGAAAUUGACAACACCGACAAGAGCAUGAGCCCGAUGCAGAUCUGGUGCUGUGAAGCUCAGGAGCGGUAUGUUAUGGCCGUUGGCGAGGACAGCAUGAACAAGUUCACUGCUAUUGCCCAGCGUGAGCGCUGCGGCUUCUCUGUCGUCGGUCGUGGAGGCGGUACUUCUGAGGAAGAUCAGAGACUCGUUCUCCUCGACAGAGACUCUCCCGAGUACCCCAAGCCCAUUGACUUACCUUUGUCUGUCCUCUUUGGUAAGCCACCAAAGAUGACCAGGGUUGUGGACUCCCGUAAAUUGCAGCUGCCUGCCAUUGAUGCCAGCCUUACCACAUACUUGCCUUCGUUGGCCGGGAACAGCGGAGAACUCCUUGGCGAGGCCGUCAACAGAGUCCUAUCUCUUCCUGCAGUCGGCUCCAAGUCCUUUUUGAUCACCAUUGGCGACAGAACUGUUGGUGGUCUUACUGCCCGUGACCAGAUGGUUGGUAGGUGGCAGACUCCUGUUUCUGAUGUCUCCGUCACUGCCACCUCGCUGCUUCCGGGCAUGAAGACCGGUGAGGCGAUGGCCAUGGGUGAGAGACCGAACCUGGCUCUCAUUUCCGGCGGUGCCUCCGCUCGGAUGGCUGUUGCUGAGUCGCUCAUGAACAUUGCUGCUUCCGACUUGGUCAACCGUCUGAGCCAAGUCAAGCUGUCCGCCAACUGGAUGUCGGCCAGCAGCCACCCUGGCGAGGGUGCCGCAAUCUACGAGGCCGCGGAGGCCAUCGGUAUGGACCUCUGCCCCAAGCUUGGUAUCAGCAUUCCGGUUGGAAAGGACUCGAUGUCCAUGAAGAUGAAGUGGAAGGACGAGGCCUCCAAGGAAGCCAAGGAAGUCACGGCCCCUAUGUCCCUUGUUGUCUCCGCCUUCGCACCUGUUGGUGACAUCACCAAGACAUGGACUCCCGCUCUCCAGCGUGUUGAGGAUGUUGGCGAGAGUGUUCUCAUGUUCGUUGAUCUCUCGUUCGGCCGCAAGACUCUGGGCGGUUCCGCGCUCGCUCAGGUCUUCAACCAGGUUGGUGACGAGUGCCCUGACGUUCGCAACGUCGAUAUCUUCAGAGACUUCUUCGAUGCUACGCAGACGAUGCAGGAGGCUGGCAUUAUCUUGGCCUACCACGACCGAUCCGAUGGUGGUCUGUUCACCACCCUCGCAGAAAUGAUGUUCGCUGGUCGCUGCGGUGUCGAGGUCAUGCUGGACAACAUCUGCCCUACCACCGACAGCCGCAAGGUUGUCGAGACCCUCUUCACUGAGGAACUGGGAGCCGUGUUCCAGGUCCGUAAGAAGCACGAGAUGCAGUUCCGCUCCUGCUUCGCCACCUGCGGCCCGCCUGGCGGUCUCAUCCACAAGAUUGGACGUGUCUCCGAGAAGUCCAAGCAAAACCUCGCCAUCUACAAGGGCGCCACUUUGAUCUACCGCAACAGCCGCGCGAAUCUCCAGCAGACCUGGGCCACCACCUCCCACCACAUGCAGAAGAUCCGUGACAACGCCGCCUGCGCCGACCAGGAGUUCACCAACAUCCUCGACGAUGCCGACCCGGGUCUCUCCUGGAAGCCCACCUUCGACCCCAAGGACCGCGCCAUGCCCGUCCUCGCCAGCCUCUCCCAGUGGUCCCCCUUCAGCAGCAAGCCCCGCGUCGCCAUCCUCCGUGAACAAGGUGUCAACAGCCAGGCCGAAAUGGCCUUCGCCUUCAACGUGGCCGGCUUCUCCGCCGUCGACGUGCACAUGACCGAUAUCAUUUCCGGCCGCGUCUCCCUUUCCACCUUCGCCGGUCUCGCCGCCUGCGGUGGCUUCUCCUACGGCGACGUCCUGGGCGCUGGUCAAGGCUGGGCCAAGUCCGUCCUCCUGCACGACAACACCCGCAAGGAAUUCCAAUCCUUCUUCGAACGUCCCGACACCUUCGCCCUGGGCGUCUGCAACGGCUGCCAGUUCCUCUCGCGCCUGAAGGAACUCAUCCCCGGCGCAGCCAACUGGCCCAGCUUCGAGCGCAACGCCUCCGAACAAUACGAAGGCCGUGUCGCCAUGGUCCGCGUCUCCGAUCCCGACCAGUCGAACCCCAGCGUCUUCUUCCAUGGCAUGAACGGCUCCGCGCUCCCCAUCGCCGUUGCUCACGGUGAGGGCCGUGCUUCGUUCGCGCCGUCUAGCUCAACUACCGCUGAAUCCUUCGUCCGCGAUGGCCUCGCUCCCGUGCAGUUCGUUGACAACGCCACCCUCAAGCCUACCAUGAAGUACCCCUACAACCCCAACGGUAGCCCCGAGGGUAUUGCUGGUGUGCGCACGCCUAACGGCCGUGUAUUGGCUAUCAUGCCUCACCCCGAACGGACUGUCAUGAACGGUAUUGCGUCGUACUUGCCGGAUGAGGCGAAGGAGUGGGGAGAGAUUGGUCCUUGGGGUCGUGUGUUCUUCAGUGCAAGGAGAUGGGUUGGUUAGAUUAGGUGAUGGUGAAAAGUUGAGGGUAGUUUUUUCUUUUUCUUUUUCUUAUUCUACGGUUGUUUUCUUGGAUCUAUUUCAUUUCUUCUUUGCCAUUUGCGUUGUCUAUAUUUUGUACCUUUU